AUGCCUGCUGGAAGGCCGGAGAGUGUACAAGGCGGCAAUGUGGAGAGUCGAGUGCCCACUGUGCCGCAAGGGGAUUGUCGGAAGAGAACGAGGUCGGACUUCCAUACUGACACCGAUCAACCCGCUGCGACUUGCAGAGGAGUGGGGAAAAGGCAGCAAACAAAUUGGACACUUUUGAGCCAAGUGGAGGAUGUACUGCUGGAGGGAAAGGAUCGCAUCACCAGCAUAAGGCUGAAUGAAUUCCUUCGUAUUUUUCUUGGCGGCAGGGGCG